AUGGCAGCUUCAGAAGAAGAGCAUGUAAUACACACAGCCAAAGUCUCGACGGAUGACAAGCUUGUUUGGGUUCCUCUUUCGCUUACUCUAGUUGAAUAUCCACAAGGUGAUUGGCUGGGUAAAUUUUUAGCCCUUUCAAGUCUUCUACCAUUUGGAAUCAUAUCUGGUUUUGUUGCUCUCAUUCUCUUCAGGAGAGAUUUGCACACGAUAACAUUCUUCUUUGGCACUACACUGAAUGAACUCCUGAACCUCAUCUUAAAGCACACAUUUUGUGAAGCUAGACCUAUGCAGAGGAAUGCACUUUAUACGGAAUAUGGAAUGCCGUCGUCACAUUCACAGUUUAUGUGGUUCUUUGCUACUUACAUAGUAUACUUUGUGUGUAUAAGAUUACACCAUAUGAAUAAUAGUACUCUACUGGAAAAUAUCUGGAAGACAGCAAUAAUUAUUUCUAGUCUGUUUCUGGCAGCUCUUGUUACAGUCAGCAGAGUAUACCUGCAGUACCAUACCUGGAAACAGGUGCUAAGUGGUGCUUUAGUUGGUUUCUUGUUUGGAUCUCUCUGGUUUGCACUCACAUACUUGAUAUUCACGCCUAUGUUUCCACUUGUUGCUUCAUGGAGAAUAUCGGAAUUUUUGCUUCUGCGAGACACAACACUGAUACCAAACGUACUUUGGUUUGAAUACAAAAACAGCAGGCAGGAGGCAAGGGCAAGGAGCAGGAAGCUGGUAUCUAUGAAGUCACAAUGACAGCUGCUAGGCAUAGGAGGCGGCGGCUUGCACCAUGGUGGCUUACUAAGUAGCCUCAUUCACUUUUAUUGGUUACGGAAAAGAUAAUGUGGACGGUGCAAGUAAGUAUGUGUUACAAAGUUCAUUCUCCUGGACACAAGAUACUUCAAUAUGCUGUCGUUAUAUUACAGACAUGGAUGAAAUUGAUAGACAGAGCAGAUCAUCCUGAACAGUGCAGCCUGAAGCAGCAGCUCCAUAGCUUUUAUAAGUAAUAAUAUUAAUUUAUUGUGUUAAAAUAGACUGUAUUUGUGAUUGUUGACAGAUGCCAGUCAUCAGUAAUAACAUUAUUUUAGAACUAAUAUCUGCCCUUUACAUGUAAGAUGGUGUCUUUAAUGUGUCUUGCCCACAAUGUGUUUACCACAAAUUUACCAGAGAUUUUUACAAAGUAUAAGGUUUAUCCAACUUGUAUUGAACUAACUGAAUUUUUUGUUGUAACACUCUUACAAGUGACAAUGUACAAAACUUUACACAAGUAUGUUCCUUUAGCCAUGUUGUUGUAUAAAUUAUUGUUGGUCAUAACUCUGUGAUGAUUUCGACUGUGCAUUGGUGCAUUGAGUUUGCAAUAUUGUCCUUUUUUAUUUUAAAUUGGAGUGAUGUAUUACAAGUUUUGAAUGGUACAUAUUUUUAUACGUGAGCAGUGGGACAAUAUAACCAUCUGUAGCAUUGUCAAAAAAUGUACAAAGUAAUGAAUAGUGUGUUUAAUUUCAAAUUCAGAACACUUCCAUGUAAUAAAAAUGUGAUCAUGGCAGCUUUUAUGAAUGACUGAAUUUUUGUAGUUUAUUUUUGUGUUUAAAUUUUCCUUUUUUUUAGUGAACAAUUUGAUUAUAUUUACCAUGCAGUGAAACCAAGAUUUGUAGACUCCAUGUUUGUUUUCCCAUAAAGUUACUUUCUAUAUCUCCAAAUAGUUUACAUUCAGGUUUAAUUUUUUGUGUGUAGUAUAAAUUAGCUUCAAUUUUAAAUAAUUUUUUCUAUGUGAAUGAUGACUUUUUUACUGAACUACAGUGAUUUUUUUGUAGAUAUACUCAAAAAAAUAAUCAGAUGAGCAUUUACUCAGAAAUUUUACAUGAACGUGCCAUCUGUAAAGUUAUGAAAUUAUCUCUAAGGAAAUUAAAAGACAAUUUUAAAAUUAUGUGUAAAUUUUCAACAAAUGCUCAGUUCGAACACUCGCAUUUAUCCAUUGUUUCAAUUAAUUACUGAUAUUUGCAGAAAUUAGUGUGUUGUUAUACUUAAGUACUUAAUUAUUAUUGGAUAUUUAUUGUAAGUGCUUGAUGAAGUUUUUUGACAGUCUGUACCAAACUUCUAUAUUUUUGUACAUUCAUCACCUCUGUGACUGAUGAACCACACUACCAUAACAUACAGCACUAGAUAUGAAUUGUAAUUAAAAUUAGUUCCACCUUUUUUUCAGUAUGUUCAAUACUCAGAUUGUGACAGUGGCUAACAGUGACAAUGUAACUCUUCUACUGAUAUGCAUUUGUACAUUAUGAUGAAAUUGUUUUCUUUAUAUUUAUAUACUCUUUUAUGUAAUUGUCAUGUGUAAACCAAAGCUAUUUUGUUAUGUAAAGGCGGUAGGUGUAAUCUUUAUUUGUUCGUUAUGUGUUUGCUGGUAACAUAAUUCCUAAAUGAACUGCCUGUUAAUCAUUUCUUGGGUGCAAAAAAUUGAAACCUGUAGCACAAAAACAUUUCUUUUUUUGGAUCAGCUUGCCAACAAUUGAUAAAUAUUCCUCAUUUUGAGAUGGUAUGACGUUGUAAUACAAAUCAAAUUUUUAGCUUAAGAGUUCAAAUGUGAAGACAUUGUCCCAGAAUCAGUUUUACUAUGUAGAUAUUAAAUCACAUAAAUAUAGUGGUGUGAGUUGAUGGGAUAAGUGAGUGCUUGUCAAGCCGUAAAUCCAAAGCUCCGAAGUUCAACCUGUGGGCAGUCUUAGUAUUUUUCCUAAAAAACAAUCAUUGUGUAAAAAUGUAAUAUGGAUAGAUAAAAGAUCUACUCACCAAGCAACAGCAGCAGUAGAAUAAAAUACACACAAUAGGUAUGGAAAUGCUUGUUGCUAUUCUUGAUCCUCGUCAUCCUUAUGAAUCAUUUAGUGUCUUUUGUGGUAUCUGUUUAGCUUUUUUAGCUGACCAUAUAAAGGAGAUGGAAAUAACUUUUCACUCUUAGUAUCUUCCACAUGCUCAUUGGGCACCUUCUUUAAUUAGCCUUGGAGACCCCUUCAUUGGAUGGAUUUUCUUUCAGAGCCUGGAAUACAGCUUGUCUCUGCACAUACAGAUUGUUUAUAAGAGGUGACCUGAACUAUUUUAUGUUCCAAAGUAUUUGUUGCCAUACUGUGACAUCAACAUGUUAUACAUAUGGUUUCCAGACAGAUUUUUUAAUAAUGUCUUUCAGCUCUGUCAGUUCGGUUUGAGUUUCACCCAGCUUUUCACAAACGUGUCGAGGAGCUUAGCUUGUAUAUGAGGUGGACUUUCUUGUAAGACAAUUGUAACUGCAGUGCUUUGUGCCAAGAAGAAAUAUGAUGAAAGGAUGUUCAGAACUGGAAAAGUGCGUGAAAGACAUCAUUUCUACCAAGACUUGGGCUGUAGUCCUUGAUACAAAGACCACCAGGAACUUUUAAAGUACCGUACCACUUGUAAAACCAAAAAAGUCUGUGGUUGUGAGGCCUUGCAAUCUUGGAAAACUCUAAUCUCCUCGAUGUUGAUGUAGAAGAAAAAUUAGUGGACGAGUCAAGUCCUUUGAAGCCUCAACAGCUACAUGGGAACACAUGAACAGUCAAUUAUAAAACAACUCUGGUCAUCUCUGAUUAAUAAUUUGUGUGUUCAGAGAAAAAUUGCAUUCCACACUCUGAAAGCAAAUUCCAUCCAUGAGGUGGUCUCCGAGGCCAAAUAAAAAAGGUGCCCAAUAUGCACAUGAAAUUCUUCCAAAGAGUGAAAAAUUACUUAAACCUCCCUACCAUGCCUUAGCUAAAAAACUACAAAGACACCACAAAAGACGCUGAAUGAUUUAUAUGAUGGUGGUGGUGAACAAGAUAGUAACAUGCGUUUCUAUCUCUGUUUAUGUUUGUUUUCUUCUACCACCACUUAGUGAGUAAUUUUUUUAUGUAUCCGUAUUAGGCUUAGGACUUUUCCCCGUCACUUAUCAAUUCAUUCACCUUUCAAAAUGUUUUCCAUGAAAUAAUACCAAGUCACAUCACAAUUCGAUUGACAUGCUUAACUGUAAGUCCACCUCUAAUUGCUUAGGUAAGUUAGCUUACAAUGUGGAGGAAGACAAGGAUGUGCCACAUUUGAUAGAAUUAUGCCUAGUAAAGCAGUGUGGUGUGAAACAGCUGUCCAUAUUGAAGACAGAUUUAAUUGCAUACUAAAAUUAUCAUUGGCUUCAAUGUUUGCUAAAUAUUUUGAUGUGUUGGCAGUGGAAAUGGAAAUGUCGUGUGAUGAGGGCCUCCCAUCAGGUAGACCGUUCGCCUAGUGCGAGUCUUUCGAUUUGACGCCACUUCAGCAACUUGCGUGUCGAUGGGGAUGAAAUGAUGAUGAUUAGGACAACACAACACCCAGUCCCUGAGUGGAGAAAAUAUCCGACCCAGCCAGGAAUCGAAUGCGGGCUGUUAGGUAUGACAUUCAGUCACACUGACCACUCAGCUACCAGGGGCGGACAAUAUGAAAUGACGAUAUGCAGUUUGCUAAUGGAAAGAAUGCUUGCUAUAAAGAGCCUUUUAUCGCCUGUGUGUGCUCUCUUGCCGAGAGAAAGUGUGGAAUUUCUCCUUAAGCUAGAUAAACUGACUUUUGGAGAAGGAUUUGUAGUUAGUGGUUAGUAAGAUUUCUGAAUUUCAAUCAGAUGCAUUCUUGUGUUGCUAGUAAAAAGUUUCAUAAGUGUUAGAUGAUGAUGAUUCCAGGAUGGGGGGAGGCGCAUGAAAGAGCUUAACAAUCUAACUUUUUAGUUCACUUACAAAAUUUUUCAUCAUGAUGUGUUUUUCUGUAUGUUCAUGCCAUUUCCUUAGUUAUUUGUCAAAAUAAUUUUAAGGCUAUAUUCAGUGAUCCUGCCAACAUUGUUUAAUGUAGAUGUGUGGGCUCCACAUAUUUUGCCUCAAGUAAACUGGUAGAAUUGAUGGUGAUCUGGCGAUGAAGUGCAAGCUAGUCACUCUUAUGACCCUCACAUUUUCAUAAACAAAUUCGAGUAAAUUAUUAUUUAAGCCUUUAGCUACUAUGGGUGUGUAUACACAUCUUGCUAUGCCAUUCCGCUAGUGUUGUGGAUGUGUAUACACAUGCCACUUGGGUUUUCAUGCAGUGUUGUGCGUGUCUGAAUGCAUCCUGAGCCACCAACGUUACUGCUGUGGAUGAGUUACUUCCAUAUCUUGGUGAAUUAAAAAGUAUCUAGUAUUUAUCAUACAACAUAUGUGCCUCAUUGUGUGCUGUCAUUUGCAAAAAACAUCAUUUCGAUACUUUGAAUAAUUUAUGAGAUAUGGUAAUAGUUAUGACUACAUGAUUGAUGAUGUGCAAGGAUGUGAAUGUGUGUUGCACGUGACUGUCCUUUGGAUAUAAAAACCCAGUAACUCAAGAACAAAAUGAGAUAAUCUUCUGCUCUCAGUUUUAAAUAAAAUUUUGAUAUCUUA